GGUCCGCUGCUGAGCCGGCCGGGGCGGCGGGGACCUGCGCCUGCCGAGCCCCUCCCUCCUCGCCCCGGGGCGGACGAGCGGCGCCCCGGCACCCACUCUUCGCCCAUGCAGCCGCCAAGGGAGAGGCUAGUGGUAACAGGCCGAGCUGGAUGGAUGGGUAUGGGGAGAGGGGCAGGACGAUCAGCCCUGGGAUUCUGGCCGACCCUCGCCUUCCUCCUCUGCAGCUUCCCCGCAGCCGCCUCCCCGUGCAAGAUCCUCAAGUGCAACUCUGAGUUCUGGAGCGCCACGGCGGGCGGCCACUCCCCGGCCGCGGACGACGCGCCCGAGUUCUGCGCGGCCCUGCGCACCUACGCCCUGUGCACGCGGCGCACGGCCCGCACCUGCCGGGGCGACCUGGCCUACCACUCGGCGGUCCAUGGCAUCGAGGACCUCAUGAGCCAGCACAACUGCUCCAGGGAUGGCCCCACGUCGCAGCCGCGCCUGCGCACGCUGCCGCCCCCCGGGGACAGCCAGGAGCGCUCCGACAGCCCCGAGGUCUGCCACUACGAGCGCAGCUUCCACAAGCACGCGGCCGCCCCCAACUACACGCACUGCGGCCUCUUUGGGGACCCGCACCUCAGGACCUUCACCGACCGCUUCCAGACCUGCAAGGUGCAGGGGGCCUGGCCGCUCAUCGACAAUAACUACCUGAACGUCCAGGUCACCAACACUCCUGUGCUGCCCGGCUCGGCUGCCACGGCCACCAGCAAGCUCACCAUCAUCUUCAAGAACUUCCAGGAGUGCGUGGACCAGAAGGUGUACCAGGCCGAGAUGGACGAGCUCCCGGCCGCCUUUGCCGACGGCUCCAAGAACGGCGGGGACAAGCACGGGGCCAACAGCCUGAGGAUCACGGAGAAGGUGUCGGGCCAGCACGUGGAGAUCCAGGCCAAGUACAUCGGCACCACCAUCGUGGUGCGCCAGGUGGGCCGCUACCUGACGUUCGCCGUGCGCAUGCCGGAGGAGGUGGUGCACGCGGUGGAGGACCGGGACAGCCAGGGCCUCUACCUCUGCCUGCGCGGCUGCCCCCUCAACCAGCAGAUAGACUUCCAGGCCUUCCGCGCCCCCGAGGGCCCGGGCGCCCGCAGGCCCCAGGCGGCCAGCCCGGCGCCCGCGGCCCCCGACACCUUCCCGUACGAGACGGCCGUGGCCAAGUGCAAGGAGCGGCUGCCCGUGGAGGACCUGUACUACCAGGCCUGCGUCUUCGACCUGCUCACCACGGGCGACGUGAACUUCACGCUGGCCGCCUACUACGCCCUGGAGGACGUCAAAAUGCUCCACUCGGACAAGGACAAGCUGCACCUGUACGAGAGGACGCGGGAGCCCCCCGGCCGGGCGGCCGCUGCGGGGCUGGCCCCGGCCCCCCGGCUGCUCCUGGGCAGCCUCCUGCUGCUCGCCCUGCUCCCCGUGCUCCCAGAGGCCCUUGCUGCAUAGGAGGGAGAGCGCGGCUGCUGCAGAAGGGCCUGGCUUCCCGGCGGCCCCCGUCUCGGGGGGCCAGAAGCGACGCAGCGCUGGCCAGUGAGCUCGGGGCGCUGACUCGGGCUGCUGCUGCUGGGGCUGGGGCGCCCCUCGCCCUCCCGAGGGCCCCGACAGGCUGUGGUGACCCCCUGGUGCUGUGCCAGCUGUGACAGUGCAGCUGAGUGGCCGGAGAGCUGCCCCCCGCCCCGCCGUGUGAAUGUGCCCAUCCGAGCCCCCAGGCGGGAGCCGUGCCCGCCACAGACCCUGGGAAGGUCACGCCAGCGCCUCCCGCCCCGCGAUGCACUGAACGCCCGGCGACUGCUGCACGCCCGCCGUCCGCGCACACUCCCACGAGCACACUCGCACACACUGAGCCCGCGGGGCCGGGCACCCUCGCGGCCGGACCCCCAGGCAGGGCCUCCUUUCCCCGGGGUCUCGGGGCACCCCAGGCCCCUGCCCGGGACAGUGCGUGUUGGCACGUGCUCAGAGCGACGCCACUCAUGGGCUUGGAUGCCCUUCUCUGCCCCCU